AUGCUCUGCUCCCUCGCAAUCUCUCUCAUCUGGUCGUGCCAGGCUCCCUACGGCCUGGGCCAACCCCUCGCCUCCAUCCCGCCGGAAUACCGCUCCAUCAACUCCACCUUGACGUGGGCCGUGCUGUUUCCCUACUACUCCGCUCUUUGUCUGGUCAAGGCCUCGGCCCUGCUGCAGAUGCUCCGCGUCUUCGCCAUCCCGCGCAUGCGCAUCGCCUGCCUGACGCUCCUUUACCUCGUCGCUCUCUUCGCCAUCUGGCGCAACGUCACUGCCCUCAUCGUCUGCCACCGCCCCGCCUCCAACGACGCCGGCACCUGCAUCGCUCCCUUCCCCAUCCUCUUCGUCAACUGCGCCAUCAACAUCGCCAUGGACGUCCUCAUCACUCUUUUGCCUCUGCGCGUCAUAUCCCAGCUGCGCCUCGCCACCCAGCGGAAGCGUCUCCUGACCGCCGUCUUCGCCCUCGGCUUAAUCCCCGUCAUCCCCUCCUCCAUCCGCCUCCAAGCCAUCACCACCCUCUCCUUCCGCCACCAAUUCGUCACCUCCAACCCCUCCACCAUCACCUGGACCGCCAUCGACCUCAACACCGCCAUCAUCUGCGCCUGCGGCCCCUCCCUCGGCCCGCUCUACACCCUCCUCUCCACCCGCCUCCACUGCCUCGGCGCAUCAGCAGCAGCAGCAGCAGCAGCAGCAGCAGCAGCAGCCCGCGACACCAAGCUCGGCGCCACUGCCGGCGGCGCCGCCGGCGUCGGUCGACACGACCACCUCUGCACGCUCAUGGUACUCCGCUCCCCACCACCGCUGCCGUCGCCGUCGCCGGCCGACCCCAUCCGCCUGCAGCUCCCGCAGCUGCCGCUCCCGCCCCUCAUCGCCGGCUCCGUCACCAUCGCCACGCGCGCCGCCGCCGGCGUCGCCGCCCCCUCCCUGUGGCAGCAGCAGUACCGCGACACGCGCACCAUUGCCGCGCGGCGGCGCGGGAGGCGCGGCGGCGGCGGCGGCGGCGGCGGCGGCAAGGACCUUGUUGUCGACGUCGACGUGCCCGAUCAUCGUGUCGAUGAUGAGGGUGUUGAUGACGAUGACGAGGAUGACGAUGAUGUGGCGGAGAUCAUCAGCGAGCUGGUGGAGUUUCAUGCGGGCUUCACGGGGCUGACGGGGGAUGCGGGGUUGGAUGGGUUUUUGGUCGCGGCGAGGGGGGAGAAGGCGAGGAGUCGGGAGGAGUUGAUGGCGGUGGUGGUGGCGAGGAGGCCGAGUAACGGGGCUGGGGCUGGGGCGACGACGGGGACGGGGACUGGGACGACGGUGAGGGUGAGGGAGGUGGUGGGGGGGUUUGAUGAUGAUGAUGACGACGACGAUGACGAUGACGAUAACGAUGAUCACGAUGAUGGUAAUGACGAGGUGGGGAGGGCGUCGAGUACGAUUGAGCUUGUUUGA